GGUCAACCUCAAGUUAGUAAUUGUUUGUUUGGGUCUAGAUUGCAUAUAAAUGAUGAUAUGCCUCACAUUUUAGAGUUCAAAUCAAAUCUUAAUGCUUUGGAUAUGAAUGUUGAGUCUUCUAGCCGUACAUCGCAGCUCAACUCAGAUACUGUUGUGGCUAAUCCAGAGGAUUACUACCUCCGUUUUCAAAUAAAAAACAUUGAUGAGAUUCCUGAUUUGAACGAGGAAGUUGGUUUAACCAUCAUCGCUACUAUCAUCGGUUUUGAUAUGGAUGAAGGAUGGUAUUCAUUUUAUUGUCGUGAUUGUUCUAAAAAAGUUACUAAAAAUGAUGAUGAUGUUGAUGCUGGCCCUUUUCACUGUGAUGGUUGUGGAUUAGUCUCGGAUGUAUAUGGAAAGAUUAGGAUAGUAGUUCGUGUGCAAGAUGAAAGUGGGUCUUCUUCGUUCAUAUUGUUUGAGCGUCAUGUAAAAGAUCUUAUUCAUCGUGGAAACCAAUGGUUGAUGGAAAAAAUAGCUAAGAAAAACUAUCGUGCUUACACUGUGCAGAAGUUGACUGAUGAUGAAAGGGUUCUUGCUGAGGUUUUUAAACGGUCACCAAAUCAGGAACACCGUAUUAUAAAUGAUAAUGGUACUCCUAUUAACAAGCCAAAUAAGGAAAAUAUUGAUUCUGUGCAUGAUGACAAUCUUGAUGUUGUUGACCUUGAAACUUUAACACCAUCAUCCAGUACGGGGAAGCGCCCUAUUGAGAUUGAUGCCAACACUGACUCUUUGGAGUGGUCUUCUUCAAAAACUGGUGUUGUUCCUUCUACCUUGAAGAUCCCAAAGUUGAAAAAGUUGGACUAAUUAUAAAGCCACCCAGCAACAUUUUACAUUUCAUCUUCAAUAUGUUUAGAGACAUUUCCUUUUUAAUCUUUUGUGUGUCGCACUUUUAAUUGUCUGUUUAUGGAUCUUUUGGUUGUUUUUAAAAUUUUAUUGGGUUGUUAUUUGGUGUGAACACGAUGAUAUUCGUGUUAUUUAUGACAAUUUCAAGUUAUUGAACUGUUUUGAUUUAAUGC